CUGGCAGCAUCCAUCCACAGUGCACACACUGUGCUGUCUCUGUUCCAGAGAGACUAUAUCAGCUCUGCACAGGGAGAAGAGGAUUAAUACAACAUCAGCUCAUCUGCAUAUUCCCAGGGAACACAUAAGCACCCAAGGCUUCUUCUCUUCUCUAUCCAACUCCAACCAUCACAGGACUUGACACUCUCAUCGUUGGAGCAUCGUUCAUCCAAUUCUCUCUGCUGUGAGAGGAUUUAAAGGAGGACACAUCUUUCAGAAUUUUUUUUUUGUGUGUGUUUCUUCACUAAGUUUAAGCUUGUCAAAUUGGAGCAAUGCAAUUCAUAUUACAUAGUUUAGACUAGUUCUAAGCAUCCCGUUUUUAAGCAUCCCGUUUUUAUUUUUUCUCCAGAGGACCUCUAACUUUUUAGACUGCUCUAUAGGGUUUGCUGCUUGUUCAUCUGAUUUGGUCAACCUGAGUGUCAGAAUGCCAUCUAGGGAGUCUUACGAGGUCCGGAAGGGAGAGAAGUCCCUGGUGCACAAGGCCAAGCAGGAGGCCAACCAGCAGGACAUACUGGCUGCUGCUCUGGGGAUGAGGAUCUCAGGACCCCAGAAACCUCCAGCCACUAUCUGGCAGCCUCUCAAACUGUUUGCCUAUUCACAGCUUACCUCGCUGGUCCGCAAAGCCACACUGAAGGAUAACAGCCUGCCGCCCAAGUACGUGAAAGUCCACAACUUCAAGGUGAGACACAAAUUGCCACAGGAAGAGUAUUUGCAUCUCUUCGUCAUGCCAUUCCACUAUAAAAUAUAGCUUAUUUUUCAGCAUGUUGUGGACAGGUGGCGUUUUUUUUGUAUUAGGUUCCUAUACUGGCAGUUGGCCACCAGAAUGCCUGUUCAGGGGGUUAUGGGGCGAGAGAAAGCGUGAGAGAACAGGACUGUUUUGGGUCUGUCCACUGAGCUUUUUUCAAAAGGAAAUCUGUUGGGCGGUCUGUGGUCCACUGUUGUUGGUUUGAGCACCAGAUGGGAAGAUUAGGCGAUGAAGGGGGGUGGAACAGUGGAGGAGUGUUAUUCCCAUUAGGCUCCAGUCAUCAGACUUGCUCUGGUCUGCUCUGCUCUGCUUGUUUGGGUAAGUUAAUGAAGUGGGGAGCUGGGGCAGAAACAUUCCCUCAAAGACUCUAGAACUGCUGACACUCACAGGACUCAUUCUUCCGGCUUCCCUCCUUAUUUAUGUAUGUAUUACUAUGCCAGGCAGUCCAUACUGAAUGCUCCGUUUCACUAUUUUAAGGGUCUGUCACGCAUUUAGCACAAAUGUUUCAAGCUCCCUCCUCAGAGGAAGCAAUCUGGGCUGAUAUGGUUAGUGUGUAAUAGUUAUUGACAGAGCAUUUUAAUGAAUAAUUAUCCUGAACCUUGUACACACUAACCAAGAUAUCUCUUUUAAGUUAUGAUUACAAAAUAUGACGGAAAAAAAUUAAUUUGAGAAAAGAUUCACCAAAUAGCCAGACACAACAACCAGUGCUAAAUUGUAUGAAUUAAUUCAAUUUUCAUUGUUCCUACGUAAAGAGCGACUGCCUUUAAAAAGCAAAGAAUCUAUUUGAAAAUGGCCUAUGUGACAUCGAUAUGAGUCAGAAACAGUUAUUCUAGUGUCAAAAUUGACUACAAAGUGUAAAUAGGAUGAUUUUGGUCAUAAAGUCAGUCUCGUCUAAAACAGAGUUUGGAACAUCGGGUAACAACGGACAAAUGAAGGUUGGGUUUUGAUUUGACGAUGUCCAUUUGCCCACUAACAUGGUGUGAACAGCUGCAGUGAUUGCUCUCUAUCCAAUAACAUAGACAGUGAGACAGACCUGCCCAGCAGCCCAACUUUGUUUACAUAUUUUUUUUACUUGAGAAAUACUGGACCAAACACCUUAGUUAGAUGUAAAAUUGCACAACUAAAACAUCCUCGGCAAAAAAAACGAACAAAUGAAAUGCCACAUAGGCCAUUUUCAAAGGGAUUUGUUGCUUUUUAAAGGCAGUCGCUCUUUAAAUACUCAAUAGAAUAAGGUUUUAUUUUCCUGUGAAUCACAAAUAUAUAUUCUAACCAGUCCAUCCUGCCAAUAGUAUAGUCGGAUGAACUCACAGUUCAUCAGCCUUGAUACCAUCUUCUCCAUUGUAUACCGUAAUGGACUGUUUUACUGCUAAUCCUCUCAUGCCAUCCCUGAUCCCAUAAUGAGUUAACACAGUGUAUUGGUGAUGGUCCUAGUAUUUCUCACCUCACUUAAAAGGGCCAUUAUUCCCAUCGUCGUGUAGGAAAACACCUCAGAGGGAUCCCGCUCUGCAUCCUCCCCAUAGGUCUGGAUCAGGCACCCCUGAUUGGCUGAGCUGUUGUUAUGUUACCUGGCGGAGAGGGAGCUCCCUUCCCUGCUUGAGCAACCCGUUGCCGUAGCACAUUUCCAUGACAACAUGCCCCCUUACACUGGCACGGCAUCAACAGUGUCCACCCAUCCUCCCUGCUCUGCACCACCAACACUAUUCGAUUAGGCAUCUUGUCAGAUUUGACUGGGCUCUAAACACCCCUCAUCUCCAACACACACACAAUCUGUCUAGUUUAAGACGCCAGCAUUGUGGUGUCUCCAGGGCAACCUGGGGAAGGUGUGGUACCCAUGUGGUACAUGACUGCAGCAUCUGACUACCAUCCUCUCUCUUUGUCUCUUUCUAUCCUCCAGGUCCACACGUUCCGGGGACCUCACUGGUGUGAAUAUUGUGCCAACUUCAUGUGGGGGCUGACGGCUCAGGGAGUCAAAUGUGCAGGUACGUACUGUACUAUACUUUACAGUAGACAGCCACUGUACAGCUGCAGCUGGUUUUACUGAACACCAUGCUGUUCUUUAGUUAUGUAAUGGACUUUGAUGUUUUUCUCACCCCAGUAUGUGGGGAACCUGGUUUUUAAUGUGAGUGUAAGUGUGUGUCAUAUUGCGUCCCUUAAUCUAAAAUCCCACCAAUAUUUGGGAACAGAUUAGAGGAGUUGUGUAAUGGAGUAAAAUGGGGACUCAAUAUGGAGGAUUUACUGUAGUACGUACUUCUCACUAAUGUGAAUGCCUUGCUUUAACAGCAAAUUAUGUGUUACUGUACUAAUGAAUGAGUGGUUCAGUUGAUGAGUGUGCUUUCAGCACAGUUGAUGAGUUUGCUAAUGGCGUUACUAUACCACUGUUCAAAUGACCAGCUUUAAUGCUAAUGUUUUAUACUGAUGUAGCUCCCAUAUUCCCACAUUAUGGUCAAAGCAAUUGUUCUCCACUCGACGGCAGACUUAUAUGUAGUCUAUAUGCAAUCUAUAUAUUGAUCAGUCCAUUAUCAUAAUGCACAAUGGCGUCCAGACUCAGACUGGCGUCCUCUCUCUGUGCUCCAGUUGCAGUGGAAGUGGAAGUGGGGGGUUGAGAAUGCCUCUGUGGAUUCAUGCUGAAAUUCUCACUUGAUGGUCUCUGAAUAGAUUCCCAUUUUUAAACACGCGUACUCCUAGGCCUAUCUAUCCAAUCAGGGCAGCUGAGUGAUUUUGCUGCCCUGUGAACAAUAACGAUCUGAUGUUGUGUAGCAGCCAUUUACAGUGAAUGUACAGUAUAGUCAUGAAAUUAUUUUGUUAUCAUCUAAGUGGUUAUUUUUCAAUUGAUUUAAGGUAUUUUAGUGAUUUUAUAUCAUUUUUAUCACCGGAUAUUAGGCUUUCAUAAUGCUAGGGUAACAACAAUAAAGAAUAAUUGUGGCAACCAUGAAUUUAGCAUGUAAAAGGCUUUCAUGGGAUCAUAUUGCUGCAGUGCUUGCAUGCUUUGCGAUAUUAUUGAUCUCUAGAAAUGAUUAACUAAUUGGCUUAAAAGCAAAAGCUGUGCACUGCAAUUUCUGGUGUUGUUAUUUGGGCACACCAAAAUAUAGAUGUUUUAUCAUGGUUUUCUAUAAAGCAGUAGUUUUCAGGUGUUCAUCAUUCCUGAAUAAGGCAGUAACAUAGACUGAUGUCUGUGUUUAAUGUAUUAUUGAUGGGACAAAGUGAGCUACACUUAUGUCUGUGGAAGCCGACCUAUGAAUAAUUUAUGCGUUGCUUUAGAAAGCAGCUGACAAUCGGAUGAAAAGUGGCUUUUAUUUUCCUUAUUUUUUUUGGCCAUUCCUUCAGACUAAAGCCAUGGCGACCAGAAUCUAGGACAGUGAAGUCUCAUGCGAUGUUUGAAUUUGCAUUCCAAAAAUGUGCUCCCUUUUCUUUCUGUAUGUGUGAAGUAUUUUGGGCGAGCGCCAGGAAGUCAGCCCCUGCCAGUGCUUGUUGUGCCACAUUUCCUCAUCAGAGGACGCCCCCCCAGCCUCAUACCAUCAUGCCCGUGAAGAAAAACAAAGCUGGCAUGUCUAUUUAAUGAGGAGUGGGGCUCCGAGCGCUGGGAAGGAGCUCCAUUUCCAACCGCAUUAAAAUUCAGCAGCCACAACCAGAGAGCUAGGUCACACAGCCCAUUCUAUGCAUGGUGGAAAACAACAUAGAAUAGCUAGCAACAGAACAAUAUGUUUGUCUAUAUAAUGCUGCCAUUAGAGAUGGUAAAAUAGAGAAGCAUUGGGGAUCUCAGGCACAGGAAAGGUUAGACAACAUGAUAAUGUGUUGAUUGGCCACCAGCGGGACCAGCCCCUCACCCCACCUCCAGUGUCAGACCCUUUUAGCCAAAUCAGGGCAGAGCCCAUCCUCAGUGGAGUGUCUUCUCCUCGCCAUGGCGAUAGAGCUGACAGUGCAGUAAAGCAGUGUCUGUCUGCAGGCUCCCUCUGGGCUUUCCCACCCCACCUGGAACCCAGGGGCCAUCUGUGUGUGUGUGUGUGUGUGUGUGUGUGUGUGUGUGUGUGUGUGUGUGUGUGUGUGUGUGUGUGUGUGUGUGUGUGUGUGUGUGUGUGCUCACAUGCACAACACCAGUUUAACAGCCCUGUGUCUGGUGAGAGGCUGCCCUCUAUUACACUGCCUGUCUCAUACCCUUAAGAGAAUCAUCUCUUGAAGGUAAUUACAUUCCUGCAUCAAUGCAUAUGAAUAAAGCCUUCUGGAAUUUCUCUGGGGCCAAUACUAAUCAAAAUAUGUGUAGCUAUAUCUCUACAUCAUACUCUUUUUGUGCCUUUUUGUGAUUUUUUUAUGAUUUGAUAUUUGAGGAGCAACUAUUAUGACAUAUUUCCUCUGAAACACCAAAUAUUCAUAGAAAAAAACCUCAGUGAACAAAAUGCUUAUAUCGAGAUGUAGUUGGAAUACUAUAAUGCACACAUUUUUGUCAAAGUUCCUCUUCCAAACUGGGAGAAGGCAGAGAACUGCUUAAAGCUUGAAGGAGCUGGCCCAUUUAAGUCUGGGAAACUAGGUCUAGUGUAGCCCGCAGCGGCUGAAUCGCUGCCUUCACGGCCAUUGUGUGCGAGCCCAGAUUCUGGAGGAGAAUGGAGCGUGCAGGCCUGACUCUCCCUCCUCCAGGCCACAUUGUUUUCAGUGCGCCUCUAAUUCCCUCUAAAAGCCUCUGUUACAAAGCAGAGCAGGAGUCGCUGUGUUGGCUCUCUGCUGUACUGUGCUCCCUGCAAGGUGAAACCUGCUCUGAAUCUGAGGCAGGCAGAUGCGCCUCAGGCCCCACUCACUAGCACUGAAGACAAAAUCACUAGGGAUGAUCAUUGAAACUACAUAUUCACUGCUUAGAAGAACACAAAUAAGGUUCAUGUUGUGAUACGAAUCUCUGUGACAAAAUACGUCUUAAAGGUUUGGGUCAUUGCGAUUUGUGUUAUUAUUAUUUUUAUUGUGCUGAUGAAAAACAAACCAAGCCACAUAGUAAAAUCCAGAAUAAAUUAGGUAGAUAUACAUUUGGUAGCUAUAAGACCAACCUUUGUUUAAUUUGUUAUUAAUUGUUUUGAUGCAUGAAUGGCCAUCUGGAUGAGGGAUUGUUUGUGGACCUGUGUUCCACUCCAGUGUUCAAGGUGACUUCAAUAACACCCCUGGCAGCUGACCAAAGAGUGAAGUCAUCAGCUAAGAGAGAAUUCUCCAGUGGUCCAAUGACAUUCUGACUGCAAAUAUUGAUCAAGAGCAUUUAGGCCUUAGCAAGCAAAAACAAACCAAGCCAGUCGACAAAAAUGAAAUUAACAAUCUGGGUGAUGCAGGCUAUUCAUUUUGCUACACUUCAAUGUUAAUUCUGGUCUAUUAUUUCUCUGGAAGAUGUCAUUGGACGAUAUCAUUGGAAGAUAUGCCUCUUAGGUUCUCCACUCUGACUCUACUCUUCCUGUUUUCUUUCAGAUUGUGGCCUGAACGUGCACAAGCAGUGCUCCACUAUGGUACCCUGCAACUGCGUGCCGGACUUGAAACAUGUCAAGAAAGUGUACAGCUGUGAGCUAACAACCCUGGUGAAAGCUCACAACACCAAGCGACCCAUGGUGGUGGACAUGUGCAUACAGGAAAUAGAAUCAAGAGGUGAGCAGAAGAUAGAUAGCCAUGGCCAUAUUGAAAUAGUUGAAAAUCACACCCUUCUUAGAAAUCGCACUCCCUCUUUCCCUUUCAGGGAAAACCCAAUCUAGUGCAGGUAACAGAAAUGUAAGGAUGGAUGAUUUUAAUGUUGGUCCUUUCCAUUAAUAUGAUGUGGAGAGCUGAUGGGAGGUAAUUGUAGACAUGUAAUGGAGAAUAGAUUACUGUGUUGCUGCUGCUUCAGUUGAUUGCAUUCCAGUUGAAUCACUCAACGAUGUAGAAGCAUCAUUUCUACCUUAUUGUCUAGCCCGGUAAUCUACAUCAGUAACUAAUGCUAUAUUUGAUUUAUGUCUUUAUUAUUUUAUCCAAUAAUGCAGAAAACUAUUUGCAUCUGUCCAUGUUAUUCCCUGUGUGCUAUUGUAGAUAUUUUACAUUUCUCAUGCAUAUGGAAGAGCUUAAUUACGUUUUCUGUUGCCCAAGGUCACCGCUGAAGGUGAAUUUGGCUGUAUUUAUUCUGCUCUUGAGUUGAAUCUGUGUUGGAUGCCCACUUCAGUCCUAUGUUAUGUUAUGUAAAUGCGGCAUUUGUUAUUAAACCUCUCUAUCCCUCUGUCAUAGGGCUGAAGACUGAAGGGCUCUACAGAAUAUCUGGAUUCAGCGAUUCAGUCGAAGAUGUCAAGUCGACAUUUGACAGAGGUAUGUCUUCUUUUGACAUCCUAUAAUUCUGUUCGGGUGUUAACAAACCCCUUGGGUGCCUCUCACAGUACUGAGCGCCUCCAUGUGUACUCAAUGUGAUGGUUUUAGGUCAUCUUUGAGCUAAAUGUUGACCAUGUGAUGUGUUUAUAGAGACAGUAUUUGGAAUUAAUGGGAAGGUGACACAUUUGAGGAGGGAUUAAUCUCCAUCUGGGAGAGCACGGCUUGUCCUGACAUGGUCCACUUACAGGAUAUAUAGCCAGGGCCAUGGGCCAGCUCUGGGGAUGGCAAAUCAUGAGACUAGUCCAACAACCGUAGCUGACCGAAAUGUAAUUUAACGUAUAAUUAAACCUCCAACUUCAUUUGGCUACUACAGUUAAAGAUGUAGUUAGAAAUAGUCUGCCUCAUUCUCUGCCCAGUGCAGUGUGAGUUUAGAGAUGGACCAGGGGGAACCCUGGAGCUAUGGGCUAAACCUUAGCUAGACCAGUGUGUGGGAGAUCACCCAUGACAGAGUGUCAUUCCAACUCACAACACUGUGAUAUGUAGAUCCUCAGCAGAAUUAGGCCAUGGGCUGCUCUGGAUGUAGAACUGAGGAAAAGUCUGAGUAAAACAGGCCAGGCCAGUCCAGAGAAGCAGCCUAGAUUUCAUCCCCCACAGUGACACGAUCCCUUUAUUCCUCACUUCACACUACGCUCAAUGUCCUUGAGUUCAAUCAGCGAGAAAAAUGUAACAGUGUCUUAUGCACAUCCAACUAUUUCUUUCCUCGUGUCUAACAAUGUGUUUUAUCUCUUCACAGAUGGUGAGAAGACGGACAUCUCUGCCAAUGCCUAUGAAGAUAUCAAUGUCAUCACGGGUGCACUUAAACUGUACCUCAGGGAUUUACCCAUUCCUGUCAUCUCAUACGACGCCUACCCCAGGUUCAUUGAGGCUGCAAGUGAGUCAAACAUAAGCAGCUUUUUCCUCUUCUCUGCCAGUUAAAACUAUGCAUAAUUGUUUCAGACACGCACCAGCACCAUGGAGAAUGUACCAUGCAAGAAGAAAUGCCAUUGGUGUGCGUUUUCAUAUCUGUAGUUUAAUUAUGUAAAUCCCUCAACAUGAAAGGAAGUGAUGGAAGUGUUCAGUGAACAUUUAUCCAGCUCUUCCUUUUGCUCUUUGAGUUCUCAAAGAUGAUUCUGCAAAAAUAAAAGAAAAAAUUGUUUUCAUUGCUGUGCUUUACCGCAUUUCCACUGUUUAUGUGUUGCUAUUUACAAUCCUGGGCAUUCAGUGGAGAAUGUGCUUUCAUGCAGUCCACAUAAAACAAGCAUCAGAUCCUCCUUUACGAUUGAAGUUCUUAUGGUUCCGUUUUAGAAAAUGACUAUUGUUUGGUAGUCAGUUAUAUAGAGUUCAACAACAGCACAUCUUGACUGUACUCCGAUCUCUUCAUGCUAGUGAAUAGUUUCAGUGAGAACCAUUGAGCACAGAUGUUUAUAUCGGAGGUUCUGAGAGCAUGUCUUGUGGCCGCUCUUCUGUUUGCUUCUCAGAGCUGGAAGACCCAGAGAAGCGGCUAGAGGCCUUCCGUGAGGCUCUGGAACUGUUGCCUGUAGCACACAGUGAAACCCUGAGGUACCUCAUGGCCCAUUUAAAGAGGUGAGCUUCUCAACAAAGCGAUUCGCUACCCUGGUGAUACGUAAGAUCAUGUUUGUGUGUCUGAGACAUGGUUGUAAUUGAAUGAUCAGAUUUUCAUUUUCAUUGGGUUUUCAACAUUCAGCUGUUAAUUGUCUGUCCUUGAUGUGUCUCUUCUUCAGGGUAACGUUGAAUGAAAAGGACAACCUGAUGAAUGCGGAGAACCUGGGCAUUAUUUUCGGGCCCACUCUCCUGCGUGCCCCCAACCUGGACGCCAUGACGGCACUCAACGACAUCCGCUACCAACGGCAGGUGGUGGAGUUCCUCAUCAAAAAUGAAGACAUCCUCUUAUGAAAACAGACACAUCCAUUCUGCUAAGAUACGGAAGGAAAGAGCCAGAUUUUUUGUAAAACAGCUUGAUGCUGUCUAAACACCUUUUUGUGCAAAGACUUGAAGGAACCUUUGUAUUGCAUUUGUAUUACAUAUGAAGGAAUCUUUGUAAUUACAUUUGAGAUACAUCCGUUUCCACUCCCAGUUGAGCAGUGCUGAACCUUACUUUUUCUUCCCCUGUAAUGGGUGUGGAUGAUGAUGUACCUUAAACUUGCAUGUCUGUCUCCCCAUUUUUGUCGGGGCUUGUGUAGAACACUGAUGGACCAGAUUUUGUCUGUGUCUUUAUUUUGUUUAACUUUGUAGCGGUAACCUAGCAUGUGAUGAAGAUUGUGAAACAUUAACCAGGUUUCCAUUCAACCUUUUAAUGCGCGUAAAGUACAUGUCGGAUAAAACAUUUACUGACAGGCCUGAUGGAAACAGAACAUUUGUCGGUAAACUUGCCAAAUGUCAACAAAACAAAAUACGCUAGACAAGGUGGGAUCAUUUUGUGUCGGUAAAAUUAAUUAUGUGAGAAAUGUCGGUGGAAACGCUUUUAUGUGCAAAUAUUGAUAUAAUAACCAUCAUAUCGAAGUAAACUUGGAGUCAUGCGAUGACAAGUUGUGUGGUCCUCCCACUAUGACUUGUUGGGAAAGCAUGCAGGUAUUUUUAUGUGCACUACGUCAUCACGCACAGCCUUUUAUCCACAAUAAGUACAUUUGAUGGAAAAACAUCUCUGGUGGGAAAAUGUGCAUAUUGUUUUUUGCGUAUUUUAGCAUAUUCGCAUGUAAAUCUGUCACCAAUUGGAUGGAAACCCAGCUAUAGUUACUCUGCUAUUUGUCCUGUAGAUUUACAGUCUCUCCUGCCCGGUU